AUUCAUCUCAGAGGGCUGCCUCCACCUGAGGUCGGAGGUCGCUCUGCCACCGUCACCUCUGAAACGAAACGUSGAGGAAAGAUGUGGCAGCACUGAACCUGUCUGAUAUCUCCACCUCUCUCUCUUCUUCGUGGCUUGUUCUUUUCUGCGUCAGAAGAACUUUUUUAUUUCGGAGGACCUGUUCGCUGAAGACGUCGGAGAGCGCGGACGAAGUUUCAUCUUUACGGAGAUGCCACGUUUCUUUAGGAAGAAGAAGAAGAAUGUGGCUCUGGCAGUGCUGCUGCUUCUCGUCACUGGAUUGUACUUCUUCAGUCAUUCAGACUUUUCUGGGAUGGUCCCAAGAAGAUCUUUGAAGGUGAUUCCCAAAGAGUUGAGCUGGCAAGUGGAGAGGCUGAUCAGUAAAGAGUCGUGGGUGGAGCAGGGAAACUUCCUGCCUCUAAAUGUGAGCUAUCAGCUGCUGGCCGGAGCGCCGUCCACCCACCAGAGGUUUCUGACGGUGGGGCUGUCCUCGGUGAAGAGGCAGAAAGGCAGCUACCUUGUGCCCACGCUGCGGUCCCUCUUCUCCCAGUCGUCUCCCGAGGAGCGCUCCUCCAUGGUGGUCGUGGUUCUGCUGGCGGACUUCGACACCAGCUGGAGAAUCGCAACAGUGACGGAGAUCAAGACGGCGUUCGCCUCGGAGCUGGAACAGGGCCAGCUGGUGGUGAUCCACGUCCCGCAGGACUGGUACCCGCCUCUCACAGGUCUAAAGAGGAACUACAAUGAUCCUCCUAAUCGGGUCAUGUUCCGAUCCAAGCAGAACCUGGACUACUCCUUCCUGGUCCACUACUGCGCCUCUCUUGGCGAGUACUACCUCCAGCUGGAGGACGACGUCUCCUCCGCCAAGAACUUCCUGUCGACCAUGAGGAGACGAAUCGAAGAGCAGAACUCUAAGAAAGGCACGUGGGCCACGCUGGAGUUCUCGGCCCUCGGCUACAUCGGGAAGCUGUACAGGUCGGCCCACCUGCCCCUCCUGGCCCGCUUCCUCUUCCUGUUCUACCAGGAAAUGCCCUGCGACUGGCUGAUGAGCCACUUCAGAGAACUGAUGACCCAAAAGGAGACGAUCCUCUUCAAACCCUCGUUGUUCCAACACAUGGGCACUUUCUCUUCCUUCCAAGGGAUUUACAACAAGCUGAAGGAUAAGUUCUUUGAGGACGGGGUCUACACCAACCCUUCAGCUGACGUUUACUCCAACAUGUCCACCUACCAGAAGAACUACCCCAAACUGGCCUGGGAGGCCGGGGAGGGCUUCUUCUGGGGGCGUUCUCCGGACAAAGGAAGUCACCUGACGGUGGUGUUCCACGAACCCGCCGUGGUGACGGGGGUGCUGGUAGAAACCGGAUCAGGGGGUAAGGACCUCCUGGAAUCGGCUCAGGUGGAGCUGGGCCGGGACGUGGUCGCCUCGGGCAGCGAGAGGAGCUGCAGGGACUUCCAGUCGCUGGGAGUUCUCCAGAACGGGGCGUUCGAGUCGCAGAGCGUAGAGAAGCUGCACGAGACAGCCUCCUCGUGUCUGAGGGUCUUGGUCACCGCCGCCCAGAAGGACUGGGUCAUCGUUAGGAAGAUCCGGAUCACCACRAAGUCCAGUACGUCCUGACAGCGAGGCUCACGUUCCGCCUCCACUCAGGAUUAAAUCUGCUGGGAGCACUUAGAGAAACCGAAACACUGUGAUUUAUUGUUUAUUUAUUUUGUGCCUUGUUGAACCGGUUGAGUCGAACACAAACCGGCUUUCAGUUUGAAGGAAACGUUUGACCCAAACAAGCCAUAAACUAGCAAACAACCGUU